GCUUGACAAAAGUGAAACAACGGAAGAUCGCGAGCAUGGCGGAGGUUAGAUUUUCGACGCGCGCUUACAGCAAGAUAAUUUUACACGCAGCGAAAUAUCCUCACUGUGCAAUAAACGGUUUGCUAUUAGCGGAGCAGAAGCCGAGAGAUGCUUCCAGGUCGAAAGAACUCUACAUCGUCGAUGUCGUGCCCCUUUUUCACCUCUGUCUCCAUGUAUCGCCGAUGGCUGAAGUCGCCUUGACUAUGGUCGAUCAAGUCGCUGCUCACCAAGGACUACUCAUCGCUGGUUACUACUUGGCUAAUGAAAAUAUUUCUGAUUUAAGCGUGGACAAGCCAGCACACAGAAUAGCCGACAAAAUAGCAGAGAGCUAUGCUUCGGCCUUAUUAGUUGUGGUUGACAACAGGAAAGUUACGCUUCGCAUGGACGAAAAUCCCUUGAGAGUUUCACUAAAUGUAGAUGGAAAAUGGAAACCUAUAGAAAAAAAUAAGGUAAACUUAGAUAAAGGUGUUCUAGAUGGAGUUUCGACGAUGUUGCAAGGGCAAGAUUACCGCGAUCUUGUCGACUUCGACAAUCAUCUCGACAACAUAUCACUUGAUUGGCAGAAUAACGAAUUGAACAAAAUCAUAGAUGAAGCAAUACAAGCUGUUGGCUUCGGUUCUUAAUUUACAUAUUCGAGCGAAUAGUGCCUCACAAAAAUUCCACGGUAAUUUAAUUGCCAAGGGCCAAAAGGGGAGAUAAUUUACAGGGUUGCUGCAAGCCUGGAAAACUGAAAAAAGUGAGGGAAGUUUUCAAUUUAUUAUAAAAAAAAUUGGGUGAAAACGGGUAAAAAUUCUUAUUUGAAUUCAGGAUUCACGUUAAUCAUUGACAGAAUCGUGAGUAAUGUAAGCGAAUGGUUCAAUUUGCAAGUCAAUUGUUAAAUUCAUUCGCGUUCUGAUUUAUACGACAGUUAUAUUCUAUCUCGAUAUAAACAAAACAUGCAAUAACAUGAAUAUUACGCAUUCCAGCUUUGCAUUCUAGAACAUAAUAUUAUCUCAAAUAGGUCCUGUAAAAUGAAUACGUAAUUCGUAACACGUUCCGAAUAAAUGGUACUACAAUCGUAUUGAAGAAAUAGUCUUAAUUGGAAAACCUAUAAAAAUGACAACAUUUUCACUGAAAAAUUUGUAACAACCCUGAACUUUGCACAGAAUCCUUAAGUACCAUAAUUUUACCGAUUUCAUAGUUCAACAAAAGUAACUUAAUUU